AUGCACACUCGUGUAUAUAUGCAGAUUGUAAGAGGCAAAUAUAUGUGUGUGUAUAUAUAUAUAUAUAUAUAUAUGCAAACUGCAUAUACAGACACGAAUGUGUAUGCAAAUUGUAGAUGUCCUGGAUGUACUAUCUAGAAUAUAUUUAAACAUGUACACUUAAAUGUUAUUCCCAGUAAUUAUCUGAGUGCCUUGGUUCAGUGAGUGAAUGGUUCAGUAUGCAUUCACACCUUUAAAUAUAUAUGUAUGUUAUAUAUAUAUUUAUAGAGAAUUGCAUGUGGAUCAAGUGCUUCCUGAUUAUCUAUUAUUUUUGUUUCCUGGAAACUGACUAAGGGAGAUUAUUGCACAAACAGGUAGAUCAUUGAACACAGUGUCUAUUGCACAGAUGUGAAGACCGUCUGUUUUGUGUUUUAUAUCCUAGUCUCAAAAUUCAGAAACUACAAACUGUUGCCUGUGAGUAGAGAACAUAAGUAAAAAGACCAGGGUGUACCCCCACAUCCCUUUUCAUUCUGAGCACAUAAAACCUAUCCUUUAGUAUGAGACUCUAGGUCUAGCCUCUAAAGAACUAGUUUUAACAUCUUUGCUCCUUGGAUUUACUCUUCUUGUCGUUUUUACUCAAAGCAAACUGGACAAAUUUAUAACUGAUAACUACUGAGCCCUUACAGUGCCCAUAGUAGGUGCUCUGUAUAGAUCUGUUGUUUGACUUGGCUUUAGAGAGCAUGUCUAAAAACAAUCCGAGGAGACAGCCCGGAAGCUAGGCAACAGAGCUAGUAGCCAGUCUCAGUAAGUAAGAGGUGUGGUAGUAAGGUAUUUAUUUGGUGACUUGGCUCUGCCCACCUAGGCUGGUGUGAGCCUUGUGAAUCCACUGGACUUUGAGGAAAUUUGUCCCCCUGGCAACAGUCUCAUAUCAGUUCGCCUAAAGACUGGCUGCAUUUUGCCGGAGGUAACUUGAACUUGUAUUCAGUGCCUCCUAGUAUUAUCCUAAAGGUAGCCGGAUGGUGUUGUGAACAGGGGGUUGCCCCACCGUGGCCAGGAUUUUCCUUGGGAAAUUGAGAAGUCUCGGUUGCUGUGAGGAAGCAGUUAGAAUGUUACACAUUCAAGGUGUAUCUAGGGCCGGCGGUUUACUCUGCUACUGGUGUAGUUUACAGACACUGGGCGUGGUGAAUGUGCCUCCUAAGUACCUGUUUGAAGAACACAGGCACAGCUAAAACACAAGUAAUCUGAAACCAGUCGUGUUGGUUUUCUCCUUCACUGGCCCUGGCAGUUGAAAUCUGCAUUCCAGAUGAAACCUGUGGGGAAAGGGAAGAAAGCACAAAUUUCGCGUGGGGAAAAAAAAUGCGGCUUCAAGGACAGUAAUUUUAUCCUUCAAGAAAGCUUGGGGAGUCUGGACGUUUUGCGACUUUGUUUCUUUCCCUCUCUUUGGGUCGGGUUUUGUGAAUGGUCCCUCUGGGGUGGUGAUAGUUUUGCCUGCUUGGCCCGGCCCUCCGAUUGUAAUCAAAACUGAAAAGAUGAUAUGCGAGCAGUUUUUCAGACAUUUUCUGCUGAAUCUCAUUUGAAACUCUCUUGGGCUACUCCUCCCAGAGAGCCAGACAGACCCUGUCACAGCAGGCUGACCGGCCCAGCAUGAUCAGGGAGCCUCAACUUUCUCAACAAGGAGGAAGUUAACUAGAAGAAGGGCAGGAAUUGGGGCGGAGCUCCUCGGUGAAGUUCUCCGGCUGAGAUUACCAAGUGCAAGCUGACUUUCUCUCCUACAAAAAAUCUUUUGUGCCGGGAAUAAAUACGGAAGUGGCGGAGGAGAAACCUCCGGUUGUGUGUAGUAGGGUGCAAAGGCUCUCGGCUGCUUGGGGCUGUAAAAUUUGACAGACAAUUUAAAGUUAACCCAGUCACCUCAUAACUGGGAAAACAGGAAGAAGGAUACACUGACCAGGGGAGAGACCAAGUUUGUUAACUGUGUCAACUGGAGAGCCAGCCCUUGUUGAGUUCUCUCUUCCAAGCACAGAGCAGAUGGAUAAAGUGAGCUAAGUGGGAGGACCGGCAGUAACUUGCUUCAGGAACAACGUGUUUGAAUGUUUUAGAAGACAUGGAAGACGGGGCAGGUUCUGCGAAUGGCAGCGAUGGCCCCACACCUGAACAUUCAACAGAAGAUGGGAUUGAAAUAACCCAAUCUAUCCUGAGUAAGUUUUCCAUGAAGUCUUUUUUUGGAUUUACUACUAAAUUGGAAUCCACUAAGCCAGCAGAAGAGGAUGCUGUGCUCAAAGCCUUCCGAAAUUUGGGCCCUGAACCUCUGUUGCAGCUAGAGAGCAAUAACAAGGAUCAGGAGACCAAGGCUCAAUUUCCACCUGCUCUCCUGAACUGUAAAGAUAAUACAAUUGGGGAGUCUGCACCAGAGAAGGAAGGAUGCCCUGAGAAAGAGCAAGAUGGGGGGUUUCUUCUCAGUGAAGAGCCACAUCCAUCUUCUCCUCUGAGUUCAAGCAGGGAUGAUGAUAUUCUUGUUCAUGGGACCCUUGUUCGUACCACAAGUGAUUCAGAAUCUGAGGGUGAAGGGCUGGAAGAGAAAGAGGGUAAAAAUAUUGGCAGUACAAUACCACACAGUUCUGUUUCAUCGGGGCCAUCUGUGGACCCAAAAGAAAUACCUGGAGAAACUAGAAGAAAUGAAACCUUAAAUGAAAUGAAUAAAAUGGAGCUCAGUAUAGAAGUUUGCUCCUCAAUGCCAUCUGAGCUAAUGAAUGAUUUGGAGCAAAAUGGGGCUGUCCUGUCCAUAGGACUGGACCCCAAACAGGACCAUCCUGGAGAAGAUUCCCCUGCUGAGGUUGGGGGAGCAGAUAAGAGCACAUUUUCUGAAAACCCUGAAAAUGCCUCUCCCAAAAAAGAAGGGUCAGGAGAGAAAUCUUUCCAGCUUCCAGCCUUCUUCAGUGGGCUACGUGUACUGAAGAAAGGGGCCACUUCUGAGGGAGAAGAGACAAUCACUGAAAUUAAGCCAAAGGAUAGUGACCUGGCUUUGCUUAAGCUGACACAGCCUGUCCAAAAAUCCAGAGUCCUUCCAGGGACACUCUCUAGGAAAAGUGGGGAGAAAACAUCUGACCUGAAAGCCACUCCCACUCUCUUGGAGCAGAUCUCUCAGCUGUUAAACAUUGAUAUGCCCAAAACUGAACAGAAAGGAGAAGUCUGUGAGCAGGCCAAGGAAGAAGAGAUGGGUAGUGAUACUGACCAAGAAAGUCAGUGCAAGACUGAAGUCCCAUCUCAGAAUGAAGAAGUUAAACCUAAGCCCCCAGAGACUGCCCUGGAGGCUUUUAAAGCCUUAUUUAUGCGACCCCCCAAAAAAGGGUCCACAGCUGAUACUUCUGAAUUAGAAGCCAUCAAGCGAAAGAUGAGGCAUGAGAAGGAGUCACUAAGAGCUGUGUUUGAAAGAUCAAAGUCAAGGUCAGGGGACGGCUCAUCUGAUUCCAGAAGCGCUGACCAGAGUCCCACUGAGCAGGAUGAUAGAACUCCUGGACGACUCCAAGCUGUGUGGCCACCUCCAAAGACAAAAGACGAAGAAGAAAAAGUAGGAUUGAAGUACACUGAAGCAGAGUACCAAGCUGCAAUUUUACACUUGAAGAGGGAACACAAAGAAGAAAUUGAAAACCUUCAGGCUCAGUUUGAACUGAGGGUCUUCCACAUUAGGGGAGAGCACGCUGUAAUAACGGCAAGACUAGAAGAAACCAUUGAAAAUCUCAAGUGUGAGUUAGAACAUCGGUUAAGUGGAGGAUGUGACAAGACCAGAGAUGUUUGCAUCUCUACAGAAGAUGAUAAUCCGCCAAAGACCUUUCGAAAUGUCUACAUCCAGACGGACAGAGAGACUUUUCUAAAACACAAUGAAGAUGAAAGCAAAACCAUCAAAAGUAACCAAAUAGUACCCAAAAAGCUGAACAUCUCCUCUCUAAACCACAUAUCUCCUCCAAAUGACAACAAAGACACCACUUCAAUCUUCCAGUCUUUAGAAAGCUGCCCAUCCGGUCAACAACAGUCAUCUCCCAUCCCUGCUCCUCCACUGCCAACAAUAAUCCCUGCACCUCCUCCCCUUCCACCAGGACUUGGGCCUCCGCCAUCGCUGUCACAAUCCAGUGCCAGGCCACCACCUCCUCCUCCUCCUCCUCCACCACCACCUCCACCACCUCCUCUUCCUCCCCCACCCCCUCCUCUUCCAUUACCCCUAAGUACUGGGACUCCCCCGCCCCCUCCCCCCCUUCCCAUCCCACCACCUCUCCCUAGCACUGGGCCACCACCUCCUCCUCCCCCAGCUCCUCCAGGAAUUGGAACACCACCUCCUCCUCCUCCCUUCUUUGGAGGCAACACAUCCUUCAGCCAGAUUCCUCGAAAGCCUGCUAUCGAACCCAGCUGUCCCAUGAAGCCUCUCUACUGGACAAGAAUACAAAUAAGUGGUGGAAGCCAAAGUACUACACCAACCUUAUGGGACUCCCUAGAAGAACCUGAUAUACAAGACCCCAGUGAAUUUGAGUAUUUAUUCUCCAAAGACACAAUUCAACAAAAGAAAAAGCCAUUGUCAGAAUCCUUUGAGAAGAAAACCAAGGUCAAAAAGAUCGUCAAACUGCUAGAUGGAAAACGAUCUCAGACUGUGGGAAUCUUGAUAUCUAGCUUACAUUUAGAAAUGAAAGAUAUCCAACAAGCAAUUUUCAAUGUGGAUGAUUCUGUGGUGGACUUGGAAACAUUGGAAGCCCUGUAUGAAAAUAGAGCCCAGAAGGAUGAGCUGAUAAAAAUAAGGAAACAUUAUGAAACCUCCAAAGAAGAGGAAUUGAAACUACUGGACAAACCUGAACAGUUCUUAUACGAGUUAGCCCAGAUUCCAAAUUUUGCCGAACGUGCCCAGUGCAUCAUCUUCAGAUCUGUCUUUUCAGAAGGUAUUACCUCUGUUCAUCGAAAGGUGGAGAUCAUUACACGGGCUUCAAAGGGUUUGCUAGACAUGAAGAGUGUAAAGGACAUUUUAGCCUUGAUCCUGGCUUUUGGGAACUAUAUGAAUGGAGGGAACAGAACUCGGGGCCAGGCAGAUGGAUAUAGCUUGGAAAUUCUGCCCAAACUCAAGGAUGUCAAAAGUCGGGAUAAUGGCAUUAAUCUAGUGGACUACGUUGUGAAGUAUUACCUGCGCUAUUAUGACUCGGAGGCAGGAACAGAGAAGAGUAUUUUUCCUCUCCCUGAACCACAGGAUUUCUUUCUGGCUGCCCAAGUCAAGUUUGAAGACCUCAUUAAAGACUUGAGAAAGCUGAAGAGGCAACUGGAAGCAAGUGAGAAGCAGAUGGUCAUUGUGUGCAAGGAGUCCCCAAAGGAGCAUCUCCAGCCUUUUAAGGACAAACUAGAGGUGUUCUUCCAGAAAGCAAAAGGAGAGCAUAAAAUGGAAGAAACCCACUUGGAGAAUGCUCAGAAAAGCUUUGAAACAACGGUAGGAUAUUUUGGGAUGAAGCCAAAGUCCGGUGAGAAAGAGAUCACACCCAACUAUGUGUUUAUGGUGUGGUAUGAAUUCUGCAGUGACUUCAAGACCAUUUGGAAACGAGAGAGUAAGAAUAUUUCUAAAGAAAGACUGAAAAUGGCCCAGGAAACUGUCAACAAGUUAACAGCAGAGAAGAAAGUGGAGACCAAGAAAAUCAAUCCCACUGCCAGUCUGAAGGAGAGACUACGCCAGAAGGAAGCCAGUGUGACCACCAACUGAAAGGAGACAUGUGAAAAUGAUGGCAGGGGGACCUGAAGUCUUGUGUGAUGCUUUAUGUUGUGACCAGUGCCCUGGAGAGCACUUGGUAGAAAACUUGGUUACCAAACAUUUGUUUUGCUCUGCUUUUCCUGAGACUAUCCAAGGAAAGCUCUCCAGGUCUUUUCAAAGGAAGCCCCUCAAGAAGCCAGAGGAACAAUGGCAAGAUGUUUACAGGAACAUUAGUAAGCUCAAUGCUUGAAGGAUGCACUGUGUCUAUUCAAGGCUGUAAAGCAGCUCAAGUCUAGAGUUUACCAAGUACAGUUUGAUGAACAUGUUUCAAAAGAGGAAGAAGGAGCUGUUAUCAACACAUCUGCCCAAUGAGAUUUUUAAGCUUUGGUCUUCAACCCUGCUGCUUUGAUGGUUGGCCCUCCUUUAAUCAUGUUGGAAAGAAUAUGCAUCCUUCUUCUUUGAAGGGUUGAAAUUUUCUAUACAUAAAUAUACCCUGUAUUUUAUUAUUUUGCUACAACUAUUUUUAGAAACCUAAUAUUCUGUAAAUAUCCCAGGUUAAAAGGUUGUUUUGCACAUCAGUGGAAAGGGGAAGAAGUAGCCAUAAACUCAGUUCUCUUAGGAGAAUAACUAAUGACCCCAGGUAGUUGGCCUUAACACUAAGUUAAUUUUCUUAUUUUACAUUGAUGGCAAUUUGGUGUUCUUCCCUCUGGGCUUAGGUAUGCAGGAAUCCUGCAUACUCAACUCCCAAAAGACAAAAAAUAACCAUAACAGCAUGAGGAUCAAAUUCCUUACUUGUUUGGGAGAGAACAAAUGGCAAGUACAUUUUACAUUUAAGACUGACAUUUGAUUUUCUAUGCCGCAGAACAUUCUGACAUCAGUGGUGCAGUCCCUAUGCAAGAUUUUGCUGCCAGAACAGUUCAGUUAGGGAGCCCUUGAAGAUGCCUGGGCUCCUUCUUGUUUCUGAAUCAAGAGAGAUCAGAAAUCAGUUAUGAAAAAUUUCUCACUAACAAGUAAUGUUUGUGAUAAAGAUCCUCAGUAUAAAAAUAAAUGAGCACAGAGGAAAAACCUUCACAUCCAAAAGAAAAAAUGUGGAUUGCUUUGGCAUUCAGCCUUACGUAGGCUACUCUUCAAAAGGUAGAUCUCUUAUAUGAGGCUGAGAAACUAAGAGUAGCUACAGGGACAUGAGCCAUGAUGAUAUAAUUGUAAGUCCAGGGAAAAAACCCAUCUUGGACCCUUCCCCUGAACUGACUCCCCUUAGUACCCUUGAUUGCCCUUUGGUUCUCAGGUAGAAAGCUUAGGGCAGGGAAUAAUUAAGAAGGGGUUUGAGGUGAUGUUCCUAAGAAGGCAGUAAAACUUCCUCUGCUGCUGAGUACCAUGAGGACUAUGUAGAAGCAAGAAAUAUCCCCCGAGUGCCUUUUCCAUCCCUACUGCCUCUCAUAUCCUUCUCCCUUCUUCUAAGGCUCCCAGAUCCUUUCUACUUGUCAGAUCCCUGGGUCUAUCUCAAUUGAGUGGUCCCCACCAACCUGCCAGUCCCUUCAGGAACUGUUACAAAUCAAAGCAUCUAAUAAAAAUUACCACCUCAUUCUUAACACAGUUUCUAUCUCUAAAGAGUUUAAAAAUGCAGCCAUGAAGGUCAACUCAGGGCAUAAGAACCAUAUUAACACAGGUGCUAAUUGUUUUCUUUAGCUGCCAAAAAUGAAGAUGAUUAAUUUUUGUACCCCAAAGUGAAGUGCUAUGACAAUCAAGGUAGAAAAUCUAUGCAGAUCUACCAAGAAUUCAUUUGACUUCUCAGCUAAAGAACCUUUUAUCACUGGUUUAUGUUUCCUAUUCUGUCUCACUCAGAAGUCCUGAGAUCUCUGGAAAUUUAUCAGCUAGCGAAUUUGAAGGGAGUCACCCACUUAAAAAAAAGGCAUCCAGUAUUGCAGGGAGUUCUUCCUAGCAUUUACAUGUGAAAGAAAAAUGUCCACUUUCCCCCAGAAAAGCAGUUUAGCACCAGGCAAACUAGAUCAGUGUAAAUGUUAGCCUUUUUAGGCUUAAUGAGAGGAUUGCAGAAAAGAAAUCACUACACAGUUGUACUUAGUCUGACAUUACUAGAGGGAUACCUUAAACCAAGAAGUAGGAUGUUGAAAAGAACAAGUCCUUGAAGGUAAUUAGGACUAGCAUAUUUUCCAAAGAAGCACUUCCUUUCAAACAUCUAACGACUGGAAGAGAACAAGUGAGAAGUUGAACUGAGUUAGGUAAAUUCAGCCCACGUUACUGAUAGUCCUACUUUCGUUUUGGUUGAAGCAAGAGAAAUUGGUAGUAAAAAGCAUUUAAAGAAAAGAGGCUUUUGCCUUCUUCCUGCUGCCAUUGAUAAAGCCUGAUGACCUGAUUGCCUCCAGCCAAAUGUAGCACAUCACAUACCAAUGUUGCACCAUGUCUAUUACCUUUCCCAAGUUUGGCAGUGUACUCACCAUUGAAAAGAUGCUGCAGGUUAAAAGGAGUCUCAAUUAUCCCUCCCAAGCAGCAUACUUCUUGAUCAAUCUGAAUCUCCAGUUCAUAGCCAGUGCUCAAACAUCCCACUGCUAAUCAAUGCAAAAGAUCUAAAACAAGUCUGGCCACAGGGACCCCUCUAAAUGAGCACACUGAAAUAUACCUUGAGUCUGGAGGAGGUACAGUAGGGUUCCUCAGAUUUCUAUAAUAUAGAGCUACUUCUGGUAUUUGCCUGAAGCCCAGAAAUCCACAGAUAGGUCCAGGAUCAAAGAAGUGGAAGUGGAAACUAAUGGCCAGAGCCUCUGUGACUGCUGGAUGUGUAUCCCAAAAUGGUCAGAUUCCUGAGGUGGAAAAAAGGGAAAACUUUUCCAGAGCACUGGACAUUUCCAAAGAGGAGGGGAUUAUUCCAACUGCUGAUUUUUCUAUCCACUCUUCAGUGGAAAUGUCCACAUACUUCAAGGGAAGGAGUUGCUAAUAGAAGCAUGUCUUCCUAUUCCUCAAAAAAAUAUAUAGCUCCAUAUGGAGUAGGCAGGAAACUGAGUUCAUGGUAUCCAACCUUCCCUCAUCCCAAUGGAAAAGGUAAAUUGGCAGUGACUACCAUUACCUAAUCAAUGGGUCAAAUGUGGUCCUCCACUUAGGGACUCAUAAGAUAACAGCUUCUGCACAUCCUUACCUAAUCCCCUCCUCGCCAAUUUCUUGGUGCCAUAAAUCCUAAGACUGCAUGUUUACAGAAGUUCAGAUUCUUACAAAAACCAAUUGCAAUAAGCACUGAUUUCUGAGCAUGUGAUUGAUGCUUAGACAUGUUACUGCUUAUCCAGGUACAAUGGCAAUAAAGCUACAGCAGACCACAGAAUAAUCUGCAUCAUAUUAAGAAAAUAGGCUCUGUUUUGAACACAAACCUUUAACUUAAGUUGAAAAGGAAAGAGGAAGAACAAAGUGUUGGUUUUAUUAACAAUGGAACUAUGAGAGCUAGGUGGCAUUUCAUAGCCUAGCAUUUCAAUACCUUGUGAUAAAGGAUGGGGCAGAAGUGGUGUAGCAAAUGACAGUCAUCUCAUGCAACAGGAAGGUGCCUUUUAAGUAAAUGAGUCCUGUUUAUAGGAAGUGCCUUUAGAGACCCAUAGCAACUUGCUGGGGCACCCAAGGCAAUGGGUAAAAAUGUAUGAAAUCUGGGGAACAACAGAUGGAAGCCCCUGGUGCUAUUAUAUUUUGCUUUUUUUCCAACUGAAAUAGAUUAUAUCUUAGAGUUAGCAAAGAGAAUGAGUACUUAUGAUUCUUCAAUGAAUAUGGAGAAUCAUUAUAGUCUCUGGGGAUAGAUGAGUUGAUUUUUUUAGACCAUUUCUAACUUUCCCCUCAGUGAGGUAAUCACAUUUACCCAAAAACCCACUCAUAACCUACUGAGGAAAUUGGGGAAAGUGUACUUAUUAGGAGAAAAAAUUAAUACAUGUGGAUGACUUUAGAACUUUUAUGGUAUUGAUAGAAUGAUUAUUAUGUUAUUUUCCCAAGGACCAGAUGUAGAUGAAAUAAGAGAACCACAAGUGUACUUGAAUAAUGAUUUGCCUGUGAUUUACAAAUUUCACUAUAGAUUUUGCAUCCUGUUCUUAGGCACUUUUCAAUUUAAUUUCCUUAUUGAUUCUCUAAAAGUUACCGUUACUUACUUUCUCCUACUCGUUUUCCCAAUCUUAAUGGUUUAAAUAUAAAGUAUAUGGCAGAAAGAAAAGAUAACUCUGGUCAUACAAAGUCCAGAAUUCUAUUUGCAAUAAAGGAAGGAAGACACAGAGAAUUUGGCUAUUCUGUAGGGUUUGCAGCCACCAUUAGUCCUUAAUCACAAACACUGGGUCAAAAAAAAUCCCAGUUGUGAGAUACGUGAGAAAUCAUCUUGUAUAAGUCAUGAAUUUAAGCAGUUGUGAUUACCUGAUGAUUUGAAGCAGAGUAGUCCCCAACCCUUGUGUGAACCAGCCAUAUAAACUUAAUGUAAAUUAUUUAUAGUCCAGACUUUAAAUGGUCAGAAGAGAGUGAAAGUGAAAUGAUUCCUUUUGGAAAGUGUGUACAAGGCAAGGCAAUAUAUUAUACAAUGCAAAAAGCCUUGAACUAGGAAUUACAAAACUUGAGUCUCUGAGUCUUUGCUCUGCCAUUAAUUAAUUAUGUAAUAACUAAUAUGAUGUUGGGCAGAACAACCUUCCUAUAUCUCACUUUCUUCAUCAUGAAGACAAAAGAAUUGGACUACUUAGAUGUCUUCUUUACUCCAAAAUGCUUUAAUCCCCAAAGAGGUAGAAAAUGUCUUUUAAAAUUGAUACUAUUCAUCACUUCAAAGAAAAAUCUCAAGAUCAAGCCUUGAACUUUGUCCUAAAUUUGUAAGACUUCAGAUUUAUCUAAAACCCAAACUAAGGGACAGUAAGGUCAAGUUUGAGUCCAUGUUAUUGGACUAUUAGUUGUUGAAAUUGAAAUGUGGCAUUGGUCAAAGAAUAAGAAACGAAUAAGAUUUUUAUCACUGUCAUUAAGUUGUUUUUUAAUGUAUCACAAAUGCAGGUUAAUUUCAUGAUCUAGAGUGAUGUCUCUCUCUAUGUCCUCUUAUUUGUCAUGUUGAUUUGUGAUAGACCUUUUGUUUUAAUUUUCAGACUUGACUCUACUUUUAAUUGACUAUCACCAAUAAUUAGUGGUUAUUGAGCACUGAGCUUGGUGCUUGAGCUUUUGUCAUACGAAAAAACUAAACAAAACAUGGUCAAUGAAGACACUAAGUAACAUUUGAGAUCAGACUAAAAUUUCUUCCAUGGAUAGUGGUUCCAAUUUUUUUCAAAAUUAGCUUACAUCCUAACUAUGGCUACCUCAGGGAUAGCUUCUAGAAGUAUGGAAUAUCCAGAGGACUUGGACGAUAGACACAUAAAGUGCAAUGACCAUACUUCAAAUACUUUUGACUUCAAAAAAGUCAAUUGUCUUUUAGAAACCUUGCCUUGGUAGUAGAAUGGAAUGAGGCAAAGAAACAAAGCUAAACAAUUUGAUUUCAUUCUCUUCACUUCUUUGUCAUAAUAAGGAACUUGCCCCUACCCUACCCUUCUGCAAAGAUCCCCUGGGGUUGACAUGCAUGCGAAAUAAGUCCCAUAUGGUCAAACUGAUCUGGAGCUGAGCACACGUGGCCAGUUUGAAUCUUUUCAAAAUACAAAAUAACCAAAGUUGUUGUUGGAUAGAUUUCCACUUUCAAGCCACAUGGAGAAAUAAUUCCAUCUGCUUAGAAGCCUCCCUCGGCAUUGGCCAAGAACUGCACGUGAGGAAAAAGCACCUUCAGAAAUGGGAGCCAAUAAAUGAUCAUCCCUAUAUAUCUAUGGAACAUGGUAUUUACUACUUCACUGGCAAUUGAUUCCAGGCACAGUCACUCUGAGCAACAGGGAGGCAAGUUCUUUAUGUUAUUGGGUAGUGGAACAAAAAAUAUUUCUAUACAGCCUAUCAGCCAUUGACACCUUAUUCAAGGCACUGAAUUCCUAUUUCACAAUAUUUAUUUCCUUCCCAAAGAACAGUCAAAAUAUCACAUUGUCCCAAAGUAAUGCCUUCCUGGAAAGUUACUAAAUUUAAGAUGCUCUUGUAUGUCAGACUUGAAGUCAAUUCGAUAUGCUUACUUUUAUUUGUUUUUUCUUAAGAUUCCUAAUCAACACUAAUAUGAACUUGUCAAAGGACAUGUGGAGCAUUAAAGUUCUUAAGAAAAUGAAGCAUUGCCAAGGCAAGUGAGAUCAAGCCAACCAGAGAUGUUUCAUGCUUAGUCAAACCAGGUAGAAUGUUUUCUUAUUUCCAGCAUUUAUGCAGGACCGGUAACAAAUGGAGAAGAUGGUGAAAAAUCUCAAACUUCUCACUGUAGGUCAUCACUUUUUUCCUAAGACCUUAACCCUUUUGUUAUCUCCCUCUUCCUCUCAGGCUGUGUCUCUUUGUCCUUCCUUUAACAGACUCCUCUGAACCUAUAGCAAAUAAUACUUGUUGGACUGACUCUGACGACCUACCUCAAAGAUUUUUUUUUCUUCUCCUUCUUAUUCCCUAGAAUAUAUUCUCAGAGAAUUUACUCUGGAGUUAGUGUUUUAUGGUCCACUUUGGUCCUAACUAUAAACUAGUUUGGGAUUGAAUUGCACAUUUUAUCUUAGAAACAUUUGUUAAUAAGUAUUUUCUGCACUCAGUGUGCUGGAGAAGAUAGCGGGACUGAUUUCAAUUCUUAGACAAAGUGGUAGAUGAAUCUGCCCAUUUAUCUUGCCACACCACCUUCUCAUAAAAUUUCCUAUUUCCUAUCUUCUCCAAAAUGCUAAGAAUGCUUGUGUCUAUCCUUUGAUCUUAGCUUGAUCAAAAUAUUUCCGUAGGCUACUUUUUUAUGCAUUGUGUGAAACUUGAUACAAGUGUGCUAGCAAAAUGUCAGUGAAUCUACAGUUUCUGGCUAGUUUGCCCCCAAGGAAUUUGGCAGACUUUAGAAUUAGACUAACAUAUUCCUCUGCAUGUGGGCCAUCACCUAUGCUGAGAAAUGACUCCCACAAUCCCACCUGUGUAAAAAUGUGGAGCACUGGCAGUGUCUAAAUAUAGACUUCUUCAAGAUUAGAGCCUGUGUUGCCAAUGCAUUAUUGUAUACUUACAAGGAAUCAUGAAAACAUUUUCAGGAAUGCAUGAAUAGUGGUUUGUCAACAGCCCUGGCAAAAUUCAACAUAUUUUCUUCUGUUCUCACUGAGAUUUUCCUUUUAUUAACAUCUCAUGGACUAUAAGCAUUUUCAUCUCUCCAUAGCUACCUGCUUUGGUUUUCCAGGCUCAACUUCCCAAACUAAAAGUUGCUUCCCACAAAUAAUCGGGCAAAGGGGAAUCUCUCUGAAUGGAUCUUCACAUAUAAGCUUCCGGAAAGACAUUGGUCAAAUGUGCAGAUGUCUUCUCCACUAUUUGGUCUUCAUUCUGUUACAAUCUUUAGAAUGAAGAAGAGUUAUGUUUUCUAGAUACCUUCCUCUUUCCAUUGAGAGACUAAAAGCUCUAUCAAAAUCUUUAUAUGUAAGAUUUAUUUGGGAAAAGCAUGGAUAGUUCCAUUUUUAGCCUUCAUUUCUGACAUCUGUAGAAUUGUCAUCUUGCUUGUUUUUUGUUUUCAGUACAUGACCACCUCCAGAUUACAAUGUGCCUAACCCAGAAGUUUCCAUUUCUCCUUCUUGUAACAUGGAUAGGUUUUCUUCUUGAAUUAUCUUUUCUGGUCCAGUAGGACAUACCUCCUGGUACAAAAUGAACAGACAGAUAUCCUUUCAAGAUCCCACCUUCCCCUUGGAUACUAUAAUUCUCUGUCAUCAAUUUCCCACAGACUGAGCAAUAUGAUUCUCUUAUGAAUCCUUGUUUCAAAAUCACAACAAGUAUUCAGUAAAAGACAUGUUCUUUUAAGCCAUCAUUCUAAAAUAUUCUUAUAUUAAAGGGAAGAGCUAUUUUAAGUUAGAAUUCUUUUUCCAGGAAUGUUCUAAAGAAAAAAUGACAAUUGAUGCUCAAUUUCUCCUCUUUAAAUUGGGUUUCAUUAUGAAUACCAAGUCAGCAGAGGGGACCAGGGUGUCUCCAAAUUUCGACUCAGAGGGGUCCAUGCCUUAGCCCAGAAAAUAAGCUCUGACUUACAUGUCCAGAACCUCAGUAAAAAUAGGCAUCAAUUCCUUAAUAGAAAUCAGGAGGUGGUUCUGAAAAAAAAAAGUAAUAAAUCUGGCCUCUCAUGGCCAGCUCUUUCUGUAUGCCAAUUUCAUAGGAUCCUGUUUCUACAGAAUUAAAUAUUUUUGUUCUAGCCAGAUGCUAGUGUUCUACACACCAUGAACUGGGAGAUAGGAGAUAGUGGAAAAAAAGGUGAGCAGAGAUAAAAGAUGGAAAAUCAUGGAAAAUUGGGUAAAGCCAAAACUGAUUUUUUAGACCAAUAAACUUUGAGUGGCCCGAUGUUUUUUGUACAUUCUCUACAAUGAGAAAGAUAUGGUCUCCGAUCAAUGAGAUCUCUGCAGUGAGAUGUAAUGAAUGAGCUUCUCUGUGAGAGUUCAGCAAGCCUUUGAACCAAAGGGUGCCCUGAAUACUCUUUUGUCCUUUAUGCUGGCCAGUUUCUAGAAAGGGGAUGAAAUGGUAGAUUCAAAAGUAAAGCAAGCCUAUGUUUGGUUUGAUGAGUCAGUUAAAGGUACAUGAUGACUGGCCCAGUUCCAGUUUUUCUUAUCACAUAUCUAUCUGAUAUCACACUGAAUUUCUAAUAUUCCUUUGGUCAUUGGUAAUUUACUUUAUUUUGUUUAUUCCCUUUUGAUGCUUCUCCCAUGAUCACCCUUCACUUGGUACUUCAAAGCUAUUAUUUCUUCACUUUUACAAUCUCUCUCUGCCAUAAAUAACUACCCCCUUCAGUUUCUGCUUCAUUCCCCUCACACCUUACAAUUUAGUUCCUAUUUCUUUUCCUCCUUAGCAACAUCUUUCAUUCAAAAGAUACCCACAUGGUAAUUAUUGAUCUAGCCAAUUCCACAUUGUUUGUACCUCUUGAUGGGAUUAUUAUUGCCUCAACACUUCCAGAGACCUCCUGAGAUUAAGUAUGCAUUCAUACACACACAAAAUCAGGAAAAUGAUGCAAAAGAGUUUAUUGAUCCAACUUUUUGAAAAAAAAAUUUGAUCUGACUAUAAAAAUAAAGCAAAAUAGAGAUUUUCUUUGUUUUAGUGAGGGAUGAAUACAAUCUAUAAUACUCAAGUCCUACCUGGCUUUUCAUUUGACUUAGACAUGAAUUUUAGUAGAAGUUAUGACACAGUUUGGGUAAGAGGAGGAAUAGUUAUUUGAAAAAAAUCAAACUUACAUGAUCUUAAAUAGUUAAAAACUUAAUAAGCUAAUUGGAUUCAGGUACAUUUCCUUUAAAAUGUUUAAUGUAUAUGUAUUUCUAAUCUAUAUUUGCAUAUUUAAUUUUGUAAAAGGUGAGAAAUGCUUAUGAGUUGGAUUUGUAAACAUCCUUUGCAACCAAAUGAAGUAUUUAUUUUUAAAAGAAAGGGUAAAGGAACCAUUGUUGGUUUGUAUAUAAUGAAAUAUAUAGAUAUAUAUUUUCCUCCUUGACACUGCUGUUCACCAUAUUAAGUGUAUUUUUGUAUGUAAAAUAUGUUGGCUAGAUAUUAUAGAUUAUCCACUCAAAGAAUUCUAUCUCCAAUGUAGUUUUUAUUUAUCUUGUAUUAUUCCUACUCUUAAUAUUUUAGCCUUUCAAUUUGUUUUAAGAGAUAGAACCUAUAUAUUUUUUGAAUUUGCAGAGAACUACAUUUAUGGCCUAGAGAUGUAAAAUUCCCAAGGUUAUUUUAAUAAAUGUUGUUUUCAUGUGU